AUGUUGCCUACCCGACCGCCAAUGCGGCCUGCGAGCAGGAAGGCUACUGGCCGGGCUCCAGCUGGAUCGGGACGAACGGUCACGGCGGGUAUUGUGAAGCAGUGGAGAUGCCGCCUCGGCAGCAGCAGUGACGAACAGGAGAUUCCGGACCAGUACGGAGUGUGCUUCGUUACGACCGUCAACGCGGCGGGAUCCAGGACGGUGGGCCCCGGUAUGCCGGCCAACACCUGCUUCUCGGAGGCGCACUCGGUGGUCGUGGCCUUUACGGCGGGGUUGGAUUAG